AUGCGGACCAAACACUUUAUCAACGAUGCAGAUAAGCUUGUCGAAGCCGCCUUGAAAUCACAAUCUGUUGUUCGACCAGAUCUGAGCCUCGACCUCGGAAACAAGAUCUUAUAUGGCCCCAGACAUGCCGAGAACCCGAGCCAGGUUGCGAUAAUUUCAGGAGGCGGAUCUGGUCAUGAGCCCUCUUUUACCGGUCUCGUUGGUGAGGGCGUUCUCUCAGCUAGCGUAGUAGGCACGAUUUUCGCAUCUCCUUCUGCGAGGCAGGUCCUCAACGCGAUCGAAGGUGUCGAUGGCUCUCGAGGAAUCCUUGUCACAGUCAUGAACUACACCGGAGAUGUACUCAAUUUUGGUGUGGCUAUAGAAAAGGCAAGAGCGAGAAACCCCAAAUUGAGGAUUGAGAUGCUCGUCGUUGGCGAUGACGUGGGAGUCACUCGCAGUAGAGCAGGAAAGGUCGGUAGAAGGGGGAUCGCAGGCACUGUGCUGGUGCACAAGAUCACGGGAGCUUUGGCAGCUGCGGGUUCGAGCCUAGAUAAGGUCGUUGAAGUUGGCCGCCUCGUGGCCGCCAAUCUUGCCAGCAUUGGCGUGUCUCUCAACCGUGUUCAUGUGCCGGGUCGUCCGUGUGAGCAGGAUACGCAGGAUUUGCUCGGCAUAGAUGAAGUCGAGUUGGGUAUGGGUAUUCACAACGAGGCUGGCUGUGGGCGAAGAAGUGGCGAUGAUGCGAGACUUCCGGUACUUGUCAAAGACAUGCUUCAACAGCUUCUUGAUCCAAACGAUGAUGAGAGAAACUACCUUCCAAAAGCCACGAAGGACGUGGUAGUAUUGAUCAACAAUCUUGGCGCCUUAAGUGUUCUAGAGCUAGGUGGUAUAGUCCUGGAAGUUACACAGCAACUUCUCCAGGACUACCGUCUCAAUGCUGUAAGGGUUUUCUCCGGGACUUUCAUGACGAGUCUUGAUGGGCCAGGAUUCUCGGUGAGUUUACUCAAUGUGGUAGACACAGGAGUCCAACAGACUCUGUUAGACUUGGUUGACGCACCGAGCAACGUAUCAGGAUGGCAUACCAUAGCAAGAUCCAACACGAGUAUGGCGUCCACAUUCGUCACCACAGGAAACAGUCCCUUUUCGUAUCAAGGGGAGGAAUUAGAACAAACGUGUUUGGAAUGUGAUAUGGGGCCUAUACUGGCGAAGCUAGGAGGUGGUCUGCGUGCGCUUGUUGCUGCAGAGCCGGACAUCACCAGGUUCGAUGCCAUAGUUGGAGACGGCGACUGUGGGACAACACUUAAGCGUGGUGCAGAAGGCAUCCAGAAGGCCCUCGCAACAUCACGUCCAAAGAACAUCAUCAAACUACUGAGCCGAAUCACGGAGGUUGUCGAAAGCACUAUGGACGGGACAUCGGGAGCUCUAUACGGCAUCUUCUUGAACAGUCUUUUGCAUUACUUCAGGUCGCAUGCUGAAGUGAUGACAGUAGUCGACAGAGGAUUUUGGACUCUAGCCCUUGACUCCGCACUCACGGUACUCUCGAAGUAUACACCUGCGCAAGUUGGAGACAGGACGAUGAUGGAUGCGCUCAUCCCCUUUACGCUGGCAUUGAAGGCUUCGAGUGAUGUGCAACACGCGGCGAGCGUCGCCAAAGAGGGCGCUCUGAAGACCCGGUCCAUGCGGCCUGGACUCGGCCGGACUGUUUAUAUAGGUAACGAGGAAGCCUGGCUGGGAAAAGUUCCUGAUCCAGGAGCCUGGGGUUUGAGUGAGUUUUUUGAGGGUCUGGUGAGGUGA